AUGGGCCUCAUAGCAGCAGCAGCAGCGGCUGCAGCAGCAGCAGCAGCAGCAGCAGAUCUCCAGCAACCCCACAUAUCCACGGCCGACGCCUUUUUCCCUACCAGCAGACACGCCAAUAGCAGCAGCAGCAGCAACAGCAGCAGUAGCAGCAGCAGCAAAAGAUCCUUCCAACGCUCAAGACCAUGCGGGUUUAUGGCUGUUUAUUGCCCUCCAGGCUUUCGUAUGGGUGUAAACCCCCCAGGUGCAGCAGGAGAAACUAGAGAUGCCGCGGCAACUGCAGCAGCAGCAGCUGCUGCUGCUGCUGCUCCUGCUGCUGCUGCUGGGAACCGAGGUUUUCGCUGCUGCAACACUCUUCUUCCCCUUUGCCCGCAGCAGCAGAGGCGCAGCGUCAGCAGCAUCCUGUGGGCACUUGGCUCCAACAAUGACAGCAGCAGCAACAACGACAGUUGCAGCAGCGACAGCAGCAGCAGCGACAGCAGCAGCAGCAGCAGCAGCAGCAUAAAUGAUUGGGGCCCUCUGCCUCAGGCUGCAUUGGAUGUUCGAAGGCCUGAGAGAUUUAAACUCCCUAAAAAACGAGGCAGACAACGGAUAUCGCGAAGCCUUGCAGGGAUUCUUGCAACGCAACACGAGACAUUCUCUGGUGCAGCAAAGGCAGCAGCGGCUGCUGCAGCAGCAGAAGCAGCAGCAGCAGCAGCAGCAGGUGGUAAAAAAUCGGGUUUAUCAGCCAGGUCGUCAUCCCUGUAUAGUGACCCAUUCUGUGCAGCAGCAGCAGCAGCAGCAGCAGCAGCAAAGUUAGCAUCAGGCCAUUCAUUAGAAUCAAUAGAAGCACGAGAGGCAGCAUCAGCAGCAGCAUCAGCAGCAUCAGCAGCAGCAACAGCAGCAGCAGCAGCAAGAGGAGGAGCUGCAUCUUUUUAUGAUAAUUUACCCCCUAUACCUAAUAUAGAUUAUGGUGUCCGUGAGGCUGUCUUCUCCAUGCUGCAUGAUUUGGGGGUUUUCGCCAUUCCCCGCCUUAGCCGAGUGCUGCGGCUGUGUGUCUUUGAGCUCCUCCUUGCCCCCAAGCGCUUCCUUGGGUACGAUGUCAGCAGCUACAGCAGCAGAAGCAGCAGCAGCAGCAGCAACAGCAGCAGCAGCGGCGACGGUAGUGAGUCGUUUGACCUGGUGUUCCUCUGUCCCCCAUACACCGAGGUCGUGUAUGGGGACCUCCUGAAGAAGUUGCUGUUUUCGGGCUUGCUGCGGAUUGGCGGUGUACUGGUAGUUGAAUAUCCAAAGGAGAUGGGCGCCUUGCCUUUUAGGAUCGGCUUCCCAGGGGCCCCCAUAGAGCUGGAGGGACUCAAGAGCCGCAAGUAUGGCCGCACAUGCAUAGCACUCUACACAGCUAUACGGAGUAGAGAGCAGCAGCAGCAGCAGCCGCAGCAGCAGCAACAGCAGCAAGGGGAGGAAUGGGCCCCCGGGACCGUAUGGGGCCCCGCCCCCUUUGUGGGUUCCCCACGCGAGUUUGAGGCCCCCAAGCGUCUACAGCGAAGACAGCCACACAAGCAAGAACAGAACGAACAGCAGCAGUAA